AUGUUGGAAACAAGUGCUAUAUUUUCGAUAUCAAAGUCAAUGACUUCUCACAAUUCAAUCAACGAUUUCAAAGAUGUGGCUAAUUUUGAGCCAAAUGUGGACCAAUUGGCCAAUCGGUUCAAAACACAGCAAACAAAGGGAACGAUCGAUGUUUGGUGGAUCUACGACGACGGGGGGCUCACUCUUCUCAUUCCCUUUAUACUCAAAAACGAUGCCCUUUGGAGGGGAUCUAAGCUCCGGGUCUUUUCGGUGACCAAAGACAUGAAUGAGAUUAAUAACCAACAGAAUAGUUUGGUACAGUUAUUGAAUAAGUUUCGCAUUCCUUACUCUGCAGUGAGAGUGCUCUCAAACUCGGACCAAAUGCCAGCCGAAGAGACAAAAAAUCGAUUCAUAAAAUUAAUGUCAAAAUCGAUGUCCACAUUGACUGACGAACAGACAGUAGACUCACUUCAAGAGGAAGUCAUACGAUUCAAAGAUAAAACAAAUAGAUAUUUACGUCUUCGGGAACAGAUUGCGGAGAACUCGAGGAAUGCCACUCUUGUGGUGAUGACAUUACCCAUACCUCGUAAGCAUAUGGUGUCGGCCAUACUCUAUAUGGCAUGGAUUGAGACACUGACCGACAAUAUGCCACCGUUUUUACUAAUUCGCGGCAAUCAAUCAAAUGUUUUAACA